GACGAUUGAGAAUUUCCUGUCAUUGAGAACUACGGCGUGAUUUGGAUCCAACGGCAGAAUUCGAACCAGCUUGCAACUAGAGCUCGUCACGAAUUGUUCUAAAUUAAUCUUUCCAGGUCGAUUCCACCUAGCGCAAAGACUAUUUCAUAGAAUAAUAGUUAAAGACCACUCUCUGAGAGUCAACAACAACUUUUCAGCUUAAGAAGUACUUAGGACCCAGAAGAAACAGAAAGGAAAAAAAAUGACGGCUGCUACGAACACACCAAGUAUCCUCUGGGCUCAGCGACCAGGAUGGGUCUUCAUGACUAUUGACGUGAAGGAUUGCAAAGAGCCUGAGAUUGACCUUGACGACAGCAGUUUGAAGUUUAAAGGAGAAUCCUCUGGAAAAACCUACGAGUUCAACUUCGACUUUCACGCCGCAGUCGAUAAGGAGGAGAGCAAGAUAAAUAGUACUAAGACAAAUUUGCUUCUACAAUUAUUUAGUCGAUAAGUACAAGUAGGAGGAGAGCAAGAUAAAUGGUACUACCUUCUACAACAACUACCUAAAUCAUAGUACCACAACAACCCCUAGUGUCCCAAAUCUCCUGGAAGGACAACAACUAAUUAGUUGUGCCAUUGCUGUUUACAACUACCUGUACCAUUCUUGGUGUGUGAUUCGAUGUAGAGACACCGACUCUACGCGGCAUCCCUUAAGACUUCAUGAGAAGUUUCCAUCAUAGAAAACGCAUCGAAAACAACAACAACAACAACAGCAACCUCCUAUGUCCCCUACAAUACCCACCAACAACAACAACCUCCUAUGUACCAACAACGACAACCUCCUAUGUACCAACAACAACAACCUCCUAUGUACCAACAACGACAUCACCCUAUGUUCCCUGGAAUAUAUAUUGAAUACAAACCUCCUAUCCCGUCUGUUCGAAAAAUCUCCAAGUUAUUCGAUUAAAAUCGAUCUCUCUUAUUAUCCUACAGAAAAGCGGGUGAUAGAAUUGGUUUUGAAGAAAAAAGAGGAGGACUCAUGGCCAAGACUGAGUAAGGCGAAGCUGCCAUACGUCAAGAUCGACUGGAACAAGUGGGUUGAUAGCGACGACGAGGGAGAAGACUUCGAUACUGCAGGUACUAAUUGUUCAUGUAAUUUGUUUUUAUUGUUUGAAAGAACGCCACGUGUUGUCCUAAAGAACGCCUAUUGUUUGAACGAACGCCUAUUGUUUGAAAGAACGCCUAUUGUUUGAAAGAACGCCUGUUUAUUGUGUGAUCUGUUGUCCUAAAGAAAUCAGCCCUUUUUUUGUCUAAAAAGGGCUCCCUGCUUAUUGUUCGUCUUUCUUCAGUACAAGAAAAAUAUCCGCAACUACACAUGAGAAAGUAGUAGAUUGCAGAGCAAACCCGCGGCUGCGCACAUUCAUCCCUUGCGGACCUGAAGCUGAAUGUAUUUAUAUAACUAGCAGCUUCUUGUACCGUAGUACAACAGUGCUCAAUACUGGUUGUUUCCAACUAUUUUCAGGUAUGGAAGGCAUGGGAGGCAUGCCGGGAAUGGGCGGCAUGGGAGGCAUGCCAGGUAUGGGCGGCAUGGGAGGCAUGCCAGGUAUGGGCGGCAUGGGAGGCAUGCCAGGUAUGGGCGGUAUGGGAGGCAUGCCAGGAAUGGGCGGCAUGGGAGGCAUGCCAGGAAUGGGCGGCAUGGAUUUCAGUACUUUUUCUUGUAGAUAUGGAACUUCAAAGCGUAUACAUACUAAUCAGAUCUCUUAUCUUCACGUUGUGAGCUCCGACUUUAUUGCAAUGUUGCCAUGAUGUUUCUGAGAUGAUAAUUUUGGACUGCUUGAGUGGAAUAAUGGCUCAUGAUAGCUCUAGUAAAAUCGUCGUACUAUGAUAACGUUCACCUAUGAUGUUCUAUCUCUGAAAAAAAAUUUCCCUAAAACGUGAAAAAUCCUUCCACCUCGUUAUUCCUUUGCUUUUGUAACAAGUAGGAUACCGACGUAUCAUCUGGCACAGUACUAGACUCAAUUCCUCAUCUCUCCCUCCUUUCCCCCGAUACAGGUAAAUUAAUGGCCGGCAUGGGUGGCGGAGAUAUGGGUGGCAUGGGUGGCAUGCCAGGUAUGGACGGCAUGGGUGGUGAUGAAGACAGCGACGAUGAGGACGACGACCUUCCCGAUCUCGAUGCUCCAGUUGGUGGCGAAGAAGGCGAGAAACCAGCAGCGGAAGCCACUGGUAACAGAUCAUUCUAGUGCUCAUGAUGAGCUGGUAUAGAUCAUUCUAGUGGUCAUCUGAAGGGAAGUUUCCGAGAUUUUUCGACUAUAACAGUGACGGUCUUGUUUCAGAAUAGUUUUUGUUUACAGAGAUUCGAGAGACUAGAGAUUUGAUGUACUAGACAUAGGAUCUAGAAGCUGAGAAUUGUAGGAAUCUACGAAACCGACUGAAUAUAGUAGUUGGAUACAGAAUACGGGAUGAUCGUAGUACUACUAUGUGUUGCAAGUUCUUCUACUUCUUCUAUGGGACGACUUUUUCACUUCCAAGACAAACAUUGAUCACCUCUUCAUGACCUCGAUAAAAAGGUUUCAUAGAAAUAAUCUCUGAUACACAUCAAAGUCCUUUCCUCAUGACCAAACAAACUCAAACAAAAAGAGGGUGAUGCGGUAGCUGCUAAGUUGAUUCAAGAAGUCGAUGCUGCUCCGGCAGCAGCCGUCGAAGGCGCGUAAGGAAAUUGUCGGAUGACACGAGAUGUGGUCUUUUUCUCCAUCGCGGAUGUCUCAGCUAAGAGGUGGCGUGGUCGGAUGAACCGAGACUACACCAGAGACGGUCAGUGGCCGUGUUCUUAAUUGUGCCUAAACUACCCUGUGGAUGCGAUGCGAUGCGUUGUGUGCAUCCACUCCAAGUGAUCCGAUGCUGUGAAUCACAACACCAAUUUCGUGACCAUGUCAUAUCUCUAGCAUUCCACAUCAUACUACUAAAGAACCGAAUACUUCUGAUGAGUCCUGAUUUGCUAACACUGGAAGAUUUCGAACUUGAUUCGAUACUUACAUUGCUUGACUGCAAUUUGUAUUGCUUGAUAUCAACUAUCACUAAUUGGAAACUACAGUUUCUGACUCUGACCAACCAAGUAAAGCUUCACUGUGCUUGUGAUUUUCCCUGAUGAAUAUUUAGCCUUCUACCUGGUAUUGUAAGAAAUUCGUACUCAUCAAAGUCGUUAUUAGCUUAAAAUAAUCUACUAGACAUAGCAGCGGCGUCUUUGACGUUGCAAUUCAUAUCUGUGAAUCAUGAUUGAGUUCUGAGAACGGGAAGAUGAACCCACAUACUGCAAAUAAAGACGUUGCUGGCUUCUACUUUUGCAGGGUUAUCGAAGGAUGUUUUUGCGAAGGUGUCACGUCGGAGAACUACUUUUUCUGUACGUAAACUCAAUGUUACUACUAGAAGUGCAGUGACAGGAAACGAAAUGCGAGAUAGAAGUUCUCGAAGCAAUUACCUCAGGCGUUCAUAUCAAGAUGGUGCGAGCAGGUCCUCUUCAAGAGAAAGCGAAC